AUGGAGCGGCGGGACCUGCUCUCGGCGACCAUCCUUGCCGUCCUCCUGGCGGCCUGCAGCGCCACCGCCACGGCCGCGAAAACCGCCACCUCCCUGAGGCACGAGCCGCGCCGGGCGGUGUCGGCGUCGGCGUCGGCGGCCGUCUCAUCUUCGUCGUGCGACGUGUACCGGGGCACCUGGGCGGCGGACGAGUCGUACCCGCUGUACGACGCGGCGAGCUGCCCCUUCGUCCGCAAGGAGUUCGACUGCCGCCGCAACGGCCGCCCCGACACGGCGUACCUCAAGUACCGGUGGCAGCCCAGCCCGCCCUGCUCCCUGCCAAGGUUCGACGGGCGGAGGUUGCUGAGGACGUGGCGUGGCAAGACGGUGGCGUUCGUGGGCGACUCGCUGGUGGCGAACCAGUACGAGUCGCUGCUGUGCAUGCUCCACGCCGCGGCGCCCGGCGCCCGGACCAACGCGUCGUGGGAGUCCGGGUCCAUCACCGUCCGUUUCGAGGACUACGGUGUGACUCUGGUGUACUACUUGUCGCAUUACCUGGUCGACCUCGCCGGCGACAAGGCCGGGCGCACCGUCCUCAAGAUCGACGCGGUGGACGAAGGCCGCAAGUGGCUCGCCGCCGACGUGCUCGUCUUCGGCUCGUGGCGUUGGUGGGCGCGCAAGAGCUGGGACUACAUCCAGGAUGGCAGCACGGUCGUGCCGGACAUGGACCGGACCCAGGCCUUCACCAAGGGGCUCCAGGCCUGGGCCAGAUGGGUCGACGCCAACCUCCUCCGAACCACCACCAAAGUCUUCUUCCAGGGAUACUCUCCCAGUCACCUCAACGGCCAAGAAUGGGGGGCGCCGCCGGGGAAGACGUGCUCGGGGGAGACGCAGCCGGUGAGCGGCGCCGCGGCGUACUACCGCGGCCAGCCCAACCUGCAGGACGCGAUCGUGAGGAGGGUCUUGGCGGGCAUGUCGAAGCCGGUGCAGCUGCUGGACAUCACCUUCAUGUCGCAGCUGAGGAAGGACGGGCACACCACCAAGUACAGCGGCGGCAGCGGCAGCCCCGGCACGGACUGCACCCACUGGUGCGUCGCCGGCGUCCCGGACACCUGGAACACCCUCCUCUACUACUCGGUUCUCACUGCAGGGAACUCAUUACGGUCUUGAGCUAGCUUUGUAUAGUUCAACAAUGACUGGAAAACAUAUAGUAUCAUCGCGGGCCUAUCUGUUUAUUUAUUAAUUUUAGAAGAUUGAUUUAUUUGGGAAGAAGAAUUUUCAACUUGAAGGAAUAUAGGGACAUAAACGGAAACGUUUAU